GUCUGCGCAUGCUAGAAGAAGUAGUCAGGAAGUUCAUCAUGCAGUGAAUGCAUCCAUCUGGGCUCACGCGAUACUGGUAUUAGAACAAAAACCAGCAUAAAAACAAUGAUCGCGUUGAAGUGCUAUCUCUCUCUUCCAGUGGUGGCAGGGGCGUUAUUAGUGGGCCUCCCUUACAGUGUCUCUCUUGUUGCCCAGUGGCUCUAUGGCUGGCCCAAUAAACCAGGGUACCAAAAAUAUAUAGAGGCUCUCAAACCAAGGCGCAUAUACUGCCUUACAAGAGCCGUGCUAGAGAUGCUGAAAUAUCUGCAGUAUGGCAAACUGUACUUUCAGUGGAAACUGUGGUACAGCAAUGACAGAAAUAACAAACACUAUGUGAAAGGCAUAACCUUUGGUCGGCGAGGGAACAAACUAGAUUUAUACUAUUCACCAAACAUGGGCCAUUCUGAUGCUGCUCCUGUACCAGUGGUUGUGUUUGUGUACGGAGGUGCCUGGGGAUCAGGAGACCGCUCCAUUUACUGUCUGUUAGCCUUACAAAUGGCAAAAGAGCUUAACGCCUCUGUGAUUUGUCCAGAUUAUUCCAUAUAUCCAAAGGGAAACGUUUUAAAUAUGAUUCAAGACAUUACUGACAGUUUGCUGUGGGUGAGAGAAAAGGGACAGACAUUCAAUCUUGAUCAAGACAAUGUAAUAUUAAUUGGUCAUUCAGCAGGGGCUCAUCUGUGUGCCCUUACCACACUGUUUCUGGUGAACAAUGCAGAAGAACUGCUCCUUGAGACCAACGAACAGAGAGAUCUCGUAUCUGCCAUUAAAGGAAUCAUAGGUUUGAGUGGCGUUUACAGUAUAAUGGAUCAUUAUAAGCAUGAGAAAAUGAGGGCUGUUGAAUAUGUGUCAACUAUGCACAAAGCUAUGGAUGGUGUGGAGAACUUUGAUUAUUAUUCGCCGACGUCAUUACUCAAGAAAUUGAAUGAGGAUCAGUUGACAAGAGUUCCUCCAGUGGUCUUGCUCCAUGGAACCAAUGACAUCAUAGUUCCUGUGGAAUCAUCAGUGAAGUUCUCGGAGCUCCUCACUGCCCUUUCUAUCAGGAUGUCUCUCUAUCUGAUUCCUAAAAUGAACCACACUGAGAUGGUCACUGACCUCAUGGCUUCAGACAGGCACUUUUACCACACUGUCUAUGGCUGUAUUAAACAGGAGUACAGUAAAUUCCAAGGUUAUGUUGAUUAAUAUUUUUCAUCCAAUUCAGUAUUGAUAUCAUUUUCCAGUAUGACAGACAGUGAUUAUAUGUUCUUUAUGAUUUUACUGUAAGUUUACAUUUACGUUCUAACGAUUUGUUUCUUCUGAAAUUUUUCAUUUUCAUUAAAAAAUGUGUUCAGUAACCCAUUAUACAAGAUGGCAAGAUGAAAGAAAACAUAAUCUCUGUGCUUGUUAUCUGUUAAUACGUUCUGUUAAUGUUCAGUGAAAUGUAAAAAAAGAAGCGAUAGUUCCAGUUAAGACAAAUAUACAGCAUAUUUUCGUGUUUGAAAUGAAAUAUGAAUGGAGAAAUUCUUACUUGGAAUUUUUAUAACGUGUGUAAAUUGUUCCAUAAUAUAUUUAUUUAAACCAUA